AUGAUGUUUCCUGAUGCAGAACACAGCACGGCGGAAACAGGAAAAACGGACAAGAUCAAAGACUUUAAUCUCGCAUAUUGGAUCUCCAUAGCAGACGACCCUUUAGAUGAGACCGGGAAAUUGAUUUCCUCUUACGUCCUCAAAACUCUAGUGUUGUAUGAAUGGCAGAAAAACACAAACGCUAAGUUGUGGACCGGAAGUAACCUAAGUCAGCGCUUGAUUAGCAUCCUUCAAGAGCUGGUGAGACGCUUGAAGGGCAAAAAACUGACAAGCUUCUUUUAUUCUGACUAUAGCUUGUUUCAGAAGGAUUCUCUUGACGUGCAUUUUUCAAAUGCUGCCGCCAUUAUUCAAAUACUUGUAGAUCGGCUGGAAUCUUUCAAAAACUUGCCAGAGUACAAGUUUGAAGACUGCUUAAAGGAAAUCGCCCAAGACUUAACGAUAGUCUCUCGAAAGAAGAAGUUAACUACUUUUUUGUCCUUUGGAUUGCGCCAUACCUCCUUUGGUUAUGAUAUACUUCAAAAGGUAAUUAAAAAGUCAUUGAUAAACGAAGGGAAGGAAGAAAUUUACGAGUCCCGUGAAAGUAUAUGUAGGAGUAGACAUCCAAUUGAGGCAGCAUACCGAGGUAUAGUGGAAGAUAAAGAACGUACACAAUUUUUGGACAUUUACAUUCAAGCUUUCUUAGAUCAAAUUGCUCCCGAGGAAACCUUGGCCCUCACAAAUAUCAAGGUCGAGGCUCUUGAAUCUUUAAGCUCCGCGGUGAAACAAUUUAAAGACAUAGCGCGUCGGAGAAUGGCUGGACACGAUGAUUUACCCAGCUACAGCCUUUGGAGCCAGGAACACUGGACAAUCGAACACUCAUUUUAUAAGUUGACAUCUGAUGAGCCACAGAAAUUACUCGCAUUACUCCUCAAAAUGUUUCGGGAAGACAUCAAAGUGCUUCACGAUAGGUUGCAUGGUUGUUAA